AUGCAGAAGGAAUACAGCGGGGCAGGAGGGUCGUCAGGGCAAACUCACGGCACCGACAGACACACAUACGUAACAAGUAACGGUGCCACUGAAAUCUGCUUCAGUUUUGAGCCAGAAGACACUCACUCAGAAGAUGUCAGCAACAGUAAUAGCUUACAGGAGGAUGAAGUUGUCCAAACCGAACCUCCUGCCGUUGUCACAUCUUACGCAGAGGAAGACAGAACUGUCAGCCAACAUGAUGAUGAAUCUAACACUGAGCUUGUCUUAGCAUUGGAUACAUCUCAGGCUUUCAAACCAACUGACAAUGCUAAUAGCAGUUACACAAAAAUAACAGAAGUGAGAGAAGGGAGAAGAGAAUCAGACGUAGAAGAAGUCAUGACAGUUGAAUGUGGACCAGCAUCAGAAACAGUAGAGGACAAAUGUACGGACCAGUCAGUGUCAUAUGAAGAAGUUGACUUUUCCUGUACUUCUGCUGCAGAAAUGUUAGUUUGGUUGCCAGGGCAGCAAGUGAUCAAUGGAGGGCAAGCUGUACAGUUUGCUGAGCAGGACACAAAUGCUGAGGAUAAAUCGUACAAGUGUCCUCUCUGUGAUUACACAACUCGUUAUGCUUCAAACCUAACGAGGCACAGCCAAGUACACUCUGGGAACCGGCCCUUCAAAUGUGUGCACUGUGACUAUGCAGGGGGGUCCAAGAAGGCCCUGAGCCAGCACAUGGCCCGGCACACUGGUGAGAAACCACUGGUGUGUAAGGAGUGUGGGUUCAGGACAGCCUAUAGGACUGCGUUCGACUACCACCGGAAGACUCACACUGGAGAGAAACCCUACAUGUGUGACAAGUGUGGGCACCGGUCUGCUAACAAAGCAAGCUGGCGUACGCACAUGAAAACUCAUUCCAAAGUGCCUCUUAAGUGUGAACGUUGCGAGUAUGCCACAUUUAAGCCAUCCCACCUUGCUGCACACGUAAGAACUCACAAUGAAGGUAAACAACCGAAAGGGCAAGACUGUGAUGCCGUGGGAAGGAAGGAACUCCAGCCCCACACGAAAACGAACUCAGAGGAAAAACCAUUUGCAUGCGAAAAGUGCCCAUACAAGUCUCGCUAUAAAGCUGGCCUGGCGAACCACUUAAAAACUCACACGGGCGAAAAACCACACGUAUGUGAGCAGUGUGGUUACAGAGCUGCGCAGAAGGCUACGUUAUACAGACACAUGAGAACCCACACUGGAGAGAAACCCUUUCCAUGUACAGUAUGUGGCCGAAGCUGUGCUACACAGUACCUCCUAGAAACCCACAUGAAGUCUCACCAACCCAAGGAGCCCCUCGUGUGCCGAGACUGUAACUACAGAACCAUGAACAAGGCAGACAUGAACAGGCACAUCAGAACUCACACAGGGGAGAAACCCUACAGCUGUGAGGAGUGUGACUACAGGGCGACCAACAAGUCAGCUCUAGUGUUCCACACAAGGAUUCACAGAGGGGAGAAACCCUUUAAGUGUCAGCACUGUGACUACGCAGCAGUGAGGAAAGACUUGUUAACGGCGCAUUUACUGAGACAUGCAAAGACUUGAACUAUUCCCAAAGUGAGUGUCUCAGUCAAGUGUGUCUACGAGUGCUCUGACUAGUGCAGUGACAUGAGUCCCAACCUGAACCUAAACUCUGCACUUGAAUCCGGACGUACCCUGAACCUGGGUUUAGGUACACAGCACUAGCUCUGACCAUACAUGCAGUAUACAUUGAACAUCAUUCAGUAGUGACUGUUCUAUUGAUCUUGGACCUGGCAGUUAUGGGUUCGAAUCCUGACUGUUGCUCCUCCUCUUAUGCUUUUGCAUACAUCAGAAACAACAGCUAGCAAAUGAAGAUAGAAGAGUGUAUAAGAAGGAAAAGCAGUAGAAGCCAUGUGUAACAAGUAACAGGUAAUAAGGCCACACCAAAUUAAUUUGUUUGUUCUUGGAAUCGCCUCAAAAAAAAUUCUGAAUCAACUCAAAUAUGCUCAUAUUUUACCCCCAUAAGUUGAACAGUCCUUUUCGUCCUAGUUGUUACAGUUUUUCCAUCUAUCAAUGCAGUGGUUUUAUUAAAAGUUCAAAAUUCAUUGUUUAGAUAUUGACCCAGCCUUUUGUGUUGACUUCAUUUCUCCUAUCGUAGCAUUUGGGGCUGCAAUAGGGUGCCUAGACCUUUAUUUAUUUUCGCCCUGUCGCUUCAUAUUUUUUC